GCUGGCGCGCUAGGUUCUGGAGGUUCUUUUGACUCCGCGGUUCCGUAGCCUUGGCAGCCAGAUCGAGCUUCCCAGCCCAGCACCUAGCGGGCCGAGCCCUAGGGGUGGCUUCUGCCGGAAAAGGAGAUCAGACCAGAAGAUGGAAUGAUUUCAAGUCCUAAAGCACGAAAGAUUGGUGAGGAAAGAAUUAAGGAACUCAUUCAUACAACGAGUGGAAAUCUGGCUUUACCUCCAAAUAGCACAGUUGACCAACGUGUUUUCUUGCUUUCAAAAGAAGCUAUAGAAGAUGUCUGGAAACAACAAACAUUGUUACAUAUUCUUCAAUUGAUUCAUCUUCCAUUCUUGGAAAAUAUUUUGGAGCCUCCAGACAAAACACAAAAUCUUCAAUUAAGUAAAGAGGAAGAUCUCGUUAUCUCAAAUACUUGUCUAGACAGAGAGGUUAUUCCAAGUUUAUGUCUCCUGAGAUUGAUAACUGGCUUAAUGCAGCAAUUGAAUGCUUGGAAUAUUUCCCUAACCAGUUAAUAGUUUCGGUUAGUCAGCUGUUAGUGCAAAACAGAAAUGAAGAGACAAGAUUGAAUAUGCAGAAGAUACUCUUUGAUAUCAUAGUAAAAUAUUAUAAUUGAGAGAGACUGCCUGUUAACUGAUGAGUAUUUUGAUAUUCAUUCAGGAAUUAUUAACUUUUAGGUAAGAGAAGAUGUUUAAACUUUAAUUUUUUGUAUAAU